GGACUAGCUCUGAUGACACUGGGAAAACCCGCGGCACUUUUGUCGACGACGAAAUACGGUUGGAACACAUUUUUGGCCGUGUUGCUCGCGUCGUACUUGGGUCUGGAAAUAUUUUCUAUUUGGCUGUGGCCGCCCUCCAAACUGGAUUUCGGUACGGUGGUCAGAUAUUUUUUCGAGAUCCCGUGCGUCACAGAGUUCGCGGUGUUCGUCACGACGUACUUCUAUCUCAGGAACUUGGGCUCCAGGUUCGACACACUGAACUUUGUCUGCGAGCAAUUCCCCCCCGGACUCAUCGGGACUGCCGGCACGUGGCCCCAACCCGAAAUCACUCGGCUGGUGGACAGAGCGCGGAUGUUGCACUCCGAACUGUGCGAGCUGCUGCGCGUCUUCGGUUUGGGCUACGGGGGGGUGCUGUUGUGCUACUUUGCGUUCAAUUUCGUCGACCUCCUCCGGAAUUUCUACUACCUGUUGCACGUGUCCAGAUAUAACCCCUCGUCCGAUGUCGGUACCAACUUCUACACUCUGAACGUCGUACUGACCGUCACGUUCUUUUUGCAAAACGUCGUAUUCGUAACGUGCCUACUGAUCACCGUAUCGUGGAUAAACGAAAAGAAAAUUGAAAUAGUUUCAUUUCUAAGAUUAAUACAUAUUUCACAACUACCCAUUGACACGAAGUUACAAGUUAAAAUGUUUAUGAAUCAAUUAUCAGUUUUCGAAUGGGAUCAAUUAACAGCUUUUGGAUUUUUUCGUAUUAAUUUGAGAUUUAUAUUAUCAAUUUUAAUAUUACUCACGGCAACUUUGGCCACAUCGGUACAAAUGAAAGAACACCCAUAUGUUAUUAGAUUUAACAACGCUUAUCAUUCAUACUUACAAUUCGAGUACAACAUGGGAUAGGUGUACGGUAAAUUUCGGGCUCAACCAUAGCAUAUUUAGCUUAUACAAGAUUCUUCGCAUGCACAUAUUUUAAUUCGUAUUCUUAUCGAAACAUUAUACGGUACUCGUGUUUGACAUUUUUUUCUUGAUAUAUUAUCUUAUUGGGUUGUAAUAGAUCAUCUAUCAUAUUAUGGAUUAAUUGAUUAUUAAUACUGUAAGACUUUAGUAUCUACGUAAGUGUAUUUUUGGUAUUGUACUAUUUUUCUGUAAAUUAAUCAAAUUUGUUAUUAGUAUUA